AUGGAAAAAUUGAAUCAGAGCUCAAGUGAUUUCAUUCUGUUAGGAUUGUUUCCACAAAACCAAACAGGCCUUCUGCUUUUACUGCUCAUCAUCUCCAUAUUCUCUGUGGCCUUGCUUGGCAACUCAACAAUGAUCCACCUCAUUCAUGUGGAUCCCAGGCUCCACACUCCCAUGUACUUUCUACUCAGUCAACUUUCUCUUAUGGACUUGAUGGAUGUCUCUGCCACUGUUCCCAAGAUGGCAUUCAACUUCCUCUCUGGUCAGAAAACUAUCUCUUUCCUAGGCUGUGGAGUGCAAUCUUUUUUCUUUCUGACCAUGGCGGGUUCCGAGGGCUUGCUCCUGGCAUCUAUGGCCUAUGACCGUUUUGUUGCCAUCUGCCACCCUCUUCAUUAUCCUAUCCGCAUGAGCAAAUUGAUGUGCCUAAAGAUGAUUAUAGGAUCCUGGAUAUUGGGCUCAAUCAACUCUUUAGCACAUACGGUCUAUGCCCUUCACAUUCCUUACUGCCAUUCUAGGUCCAUUAACCAUUUCUUCUGUGAUGUCCCAGCCAUGCUUCCCCUGGCCUGUAUGGACACUUGGGUUUAUGAGUACAUGGUGUUUGUGAGCACAAGCCUGUUUCUCCUACUUCCUUUCCUUGGCAUCACAGCUUCCUAUGGACGCAUUCUUUUUGCUGUCUUCCAUAUGCACUCAAAAGAGGGAAAGAAAAAGGCCUUCACCACGUGUUCAACUCACUUAACUGUGGUGACAUUUUACUAUGCACCUUUUGUCUACACUUAUCUUCGACCCAGGAGUCUUCGCUCCCCCACAGAAGAUAAGAUUCUGGCUGUCUUCUACACUAUCCUCACCCCAAUGCUGAACCCCAUCAUCUACAGCCUGAGGAAUAAGGAGGUCCUUGGAGCCAUGACAAGAGUCAUUGGGACAAUUUCUUCCACCAAAACUUGA